AUGAUGCACGCACGGCGUAGCAAUGUUUGGACGCUGCGCCAUGCCUACAUCAUCAUGGUGGCCCCCAUGUGGACAGGGCCAUGCCAUGAUGGCGUCAGCGGUGCGCAGCUGUUCAUAGUUCGUGGUCGCCCUGAAGAUGUAUUGACAGAACUUUUUAAGACAUGGAAGGUGACACGACUUGCAUUUGAAGUAGACACAGAACCCUAUGCAAGACAACGAGAUGCAGAGAUUGUGAGAUUGGCAGCUGAACACGGUGUCCAGGUCGUUCAGAAAGUAUCCCACACUUUGUAUGACACUGAAAGAAUAAUUGUUGAGAACAACGGAAAAGCACCUCUGACUUACACACGGCUGCAGACGCUCUUGGCUUCGCUGGGCCCUCCAAAACAACCAGUUCCACCUCCUAGUCUAGAAAACAUGGAGGGUUGCUAUACUCCUGUCAAAGAGGAUCAUGACACUGAAUAUGGCAUCCCUUCUUAUGAGGAACUGGGACAGGACCCUAAAAUGGCCGGCCCGCACCUUUACCCAGGAGGAGAAUCGGAGGCACUUGCUCGCCUAGACUUACAUAUGAAGAGAACGUCAUGGGCAUGUAACUUCAAGAAGCCUGAAACACACUGCAAUUCCUUGGCUCCCAGCACCACAGUGCUCAGCCCCUACCUCAAGUUUGGGUGCCUUUCUGUACGGACAUUUUGGUGGAAACUGACUGAAGUCUACCAUGGGAGGAAACACACGGACCCCCCAGUCUCUUUACAUGGGCAGCUUCUCUGGCGAGAGUUUUUCUACACGGCAGGAGCGGGGAUCCCCAACUUUGACAAAAUGGAAGGCAAUCCAGUUUGUGUGCAAGUGGAUUGGGAUGAUAACCAGGAGUAUCUCAAUGCAUGGCGUGAGGGUCGGACUGGUUACCCUUUUAUAGAUGCUAUCAUGACGCAGCUGCGCACAGAAGGCUGGAUCCAUCAUUUGGCACGGCAUGCUGUGGCUUGCUUUCUGACCCGUGGAGACCUCUGGAUAUCAUGGGAAGAAGGGCAAAAGGUCUUUGAAGAACUGUUGCUGGAUGCUGACUGGUCCCUGAACGCUGGCAAUUGGCAAUGGCUUUCUGCGAGUGCCUUUUUCCACCAAUUCUUCCGAGUCUAUUCACCAGUUGCAUUUGGCAAAAAGACUGACAAAAGUGGAGAGUUUAUAAAGAAGUACCUCCCCUUCCUGCGGAAGUUCCCAAGUGACUAUAUUUACGAACCUUGGAAAGCACCACGGAGCCUGCAGGAGCGCGCAGGCUGCAUCAUCGGCAAAGACUACCCCAAGCCCAUUGUUGUGCAUGAGGAAGUGUGCAAGAGGAAUCUUGAACGGAUGAAAGCAGCAUAUGCACGGCGGUCACCAAAUCUGACUGCUCAGGCCAAGAAGGAAGUCAGUCCGAAGAAAGGUGUCAAUCGGAAGUGUCCAGGAGCUCCCUUAAAAGCUAAAGUGCCAACAAAGAAACUAAAAAGAUGAAGCGGCUGAAAGCUGUAGCCAGUGGCAUAAAGAUAACAGCUAUAGAAAAUACAUACUACAGCAAAUGC